AUAUGUUGCCUUGUGUCCUUACCUACCUUAAUCUUUCUCAACAUCUUCUUUUAGUCUUGGGUCUUUUUCUUUCACAACCCUACUCAGUACCUCUCCCCCUAUUAUAUAUGGCUGACCCAAACAUGCCCUUCUAUGUGCCCCAAAUAAACUCAGCUCAGCCACCAUUACCAUCACCUUUUGACCCUAGUUCUCUCCCUACACCGCAACCACUUGACCCUUUACUGUCACACUCUAUCCCUACAACCCCAUGUGAAACCCCUUCCCCAAAACCUCAACCCUCCAACCCUAACACCGUGGCCAUGGCCACCACUUCUGCUGCAUCCAAAAGGCACCCCGUAUAUCGGGGAAUACGCAGCCGGAGCGGCAAAUGGGUGUCUGAAAUCCGGGAGCCUCGCAAAACCACUCGUAUUUGGCUUGGCACCUACCCAACCCCAGAGAUGGCAGCUGCUGCCUACGAUGUUGCGGCUUUAGCCCUAAAAGGUGGAGAUGCUGUUUUAAAUUUCCCUGGUUCUGUUGGGUCCUAUCCUGUUCCUGCUUCAUCAUCUUCCACUGAUAUACGUAAUGCAGCAGCUGCUGCUGCUGCAUUUAAAAAGGCUGAAAUGAAUCAAGCAUUAGCCCAGCUGCCUAGAGAUGAUGAUACCCUUAAUGCCAAUUUCACAGCAGGUGAACAAUUUGUUGAUGAGGAAGCACUGUUUGGUAUGCCAAAUUUGCUGGUAGACAUGGCUGAAGGAAUGCUGCUUUCGCCGCCAAGAAUAACCUCUUCCGAUGAUUCUCCGGGAACUUCCGAUGGAGAGAGUCUGUGGAGCUAUUUUUAAUAUAUAUUAGAUUUAUAUAAUGCUAUCUCCUUAAUCUUUAAAUUCCAUGAAUGGAUAUCGAUAAAUAACAUGAUUCUGAUGGAUAUAACAACAUAGAGAAGGACAUGGCUGUAUUUAUUGACCUUUUUCCUUGCACCAUGGGCCUGUCAUUGAUCGAGUACAAAACUGCGAAAAUAAAAGAAGAGUUCAAGGGGAAGUGCAAGACACGAUCAAAAAAGAUUUAUUGAACAGUGAUUCCCAACACGCAGAGUUUUUAAAUCUGAUUGUUCAUAGAGAGAGACUUUAGGGCUUGCAUUUCCUGUUAAUUGUGGUGAUCUAUGGCAUGUACAAUAUAGUCUUGCUUCUGUAGUAUUAUAUUUUAGCCUGUUUUUCUUUGAGAUGAUGCGAUAAUUUUCUCCCCAUUUCUUGUUUACUCUUUUUCCAUUUUCCUUGUUUUCUGUAUUAUGAGAAAUGAGAAUGGACCACAUGCAAGCCAUCGAUUACGCUUUCUGCCAUGUGUCCUCAAUUGAAGCUCUUGAAGAA